AUGAAGCAAGAUGACUUACUCCAUGAUGACACUCAAGCUUUAUUACAAGAAGCAACUGUUCUUUUAGAAGGAGGAUCAUCAAAAUCAAGCCUUUUAUCAAGGCAAUCUAAUAUUGUGGAGUUACUUAUAUCAAUUGAUAAAAAGUUAGACUAUCUCAUGCAAAAAGUACAGAACAUAAAAGUUGCUAAGAAAGAAAAUGAUGAAGAGUCAGAUUUUAUAUGGAACGGAUACAAUCUCAAAGAUAUCCAAGCAAGAGAUGCUAAUGCUUAUGCUAGAGCAUUGCUAGAAAAGUUAUUUACAAAAGAAGAACAGAAAAGAGGGAUAUUAUUUCAGAGCAAAAAAAGUGCUCGUACUCCAUUAGAUCCUGAGAGAGUGAAGCUGAUAUUUUGCUGCUUGGAUUCCAAAUUUCCUGGAUAUGACUUCUCACGAGUUCGGCAUACAAUUAAUCAGAAAUGUAGAGACGUCAAACUUUAAGCAAUGGUCAUUAUUUAGAAUUUUUAGACAGUUUAAUAAUUCUAAUACAUUUAUUUCACUUAAAAGUAAU